AUGUUAACGUCUGAAAAUGGAGCUGAAUUCGACCUUACUAAUGCGGAAUCUGACGAGGACUCGGGCAGCGAUCAUAUGGAACAGCCUGCGCUUCUCACGCGAGACGCCGCGUCAUGCUAUAACGCGGAUACAGAUGACGGUAUUGACGUUGACGCUCACGAGGUCGAGGAUGACCUAACGGUCAUUCCGCCGCCGCGGAAUCUGAGUCUGACUGAGACGAUCGCGUCUGCUGAUCAUAACGAGGCUGAGUCAGCGUCCGCCACCGUGACAGAGGACACGUCAGCACUCAUAUCAAACCCAUUCCCGAUGAUCUCCGCCUUCAGCCGCCAUCAACGGCGCGAAUUUCGUACGCGCAUGGCACUGUCGCGGAUCCAGCGGCACGUGCACGCGUACUCGGGGAAGAUGCGCGGCGGAGCGUGGAACCACUCGAACAGAGCGACGCGUGGAGUAUGGGGGAGCAGGGGGAGACGUUACGGCGCUUUUCCGCAGGAUCACGGGCCUUGUAAGGGAGUUUCGAGGGCGCAGCUGGCUCUGAAGAAGCAGCAAGGUGGCUUGGGACGAGCUAUGUCCCCACGCGCUGCACGGAGCAAGAGAGAUGGGACUCGGGAACUGCAAGCGCACCAGGGAUUCUCGGGUGCUUCUUCAGGUGAACCUUCAGGCGAAUUCUGGGAGAAAGAGUUUGCGGAGGCGAGAAUCAAGUCCAUGUUUGCGGCGAAAGUCGAAUCGGACGAGGGUAGGGAAUCGGGGAUGAGGGAGGAGGGAUGGUUGAUGGGGAAGAGUGCGGCCCUUCGGUCUAUUCUAGGCCAUGGGUCGUUGGUUCGGGAGGUGGAUCGGUGCAAGAUGUGCCGAGUCUGGGUUGAGCGAAUCAGCCUCGGCGACUGUGCUGCUGAGUCUACGUACGGUGCUGACGUGUGCGCAGCCUUGGAUCAUGGGCAUGACGUCACUGCUGACAUCAGCCGUGAAGCAUCAGAGCACGGGCAGACCGGGAUUCACACUGCUACGGAAACUGCCACUGCCACUGGUAGAAGUGAGUCUCAACAGCAUGGCGGGGGUUUAAGUGUUGGAGGAGAGGGACUGAGUAGCAACAUCAGCGUCGCCAGCACGAACGCCAGCGCAAUCAGCAGCGCCCGCAGCACCAGCACUUACAGUACGAGCACUUAUGUAAGUGGCAGCACCGCUGGGGAUGCGAUUGGGAGGAGCCUGGCUCUCGGGUGCAGCCUGGCGUUCGGUAGCACGCUGGCGAUCGCAACGAGCAUUUCUUUUGGGGGAAGUCUGGCCAUUGCCAGCAGCAUUGCGUUUGGGAGUAGCCUUGCUGUCGUAAGCAGCUGUGCUGUUGAUGAUAGCACUGGCAGGAGGCGACGACGGGAGGGGGGGAAGAACACAGGAGGAGCUGCGGAAAAGAGGGGAGCUCAAGAGGGGGAUGGGGAAACUGGGAAGGCAGAGGAGGGGAAGAAAGGGAGCUAUGAAGCGAAGGGAAGAGAGCAGGAGGGGAGUGGAGAUGGUGAUGUAGCAGGCAUGGUUGCUGCUCCCGUGGAAUCAUCCUCUAAAGCUGCUAGAAGCAGCCUCAUCUCGCGCAGGGGAAGAAGGCAGUCAGACAUACUAAAGAACAGCUUUAGGAGAAGCUCCUCGUUCACAGCUCCAACCACAGACGCCUGGUUCCCCGCUCCGCUCUGCUACAGUGGAGCACAGUCAGAGGGAAGCUUUUCGCUCCGACCCUCAGAUGCUGCGUUUCCCAAACAUAUGUCUCCUUGUCUUGCGAAAGAGUUGGAUGAGAGGUGUGGAGAGAGAUGUGAGGAGGGCGAGACAUCCGUGACAGGCUCUGCAGAUGAGAGAGAUGAGAGGUGCAUGAAAAAUGUUGUGGAGGAGAGGGAGUUGAGGGAUGAGGGAAGCAUGAGGGAUGAGAGGGAUGAGACGGUGAGUGAGAAAGAGGAGGCUUAUGAGAGGGUAGUAGUAAUGAAGCCAUUCUCUCCUCCCUGUGGCAUCCACGGGGUGACACUGGUGCAUUCCCCUGAGCCAUCCAUCUCAUCCCCCUUCUCCUCCGACUGCCACUGGACGUCCACCAAUAGCCUGCUGCCACGUGGCUCGCCCUGGAGCCCGGCUUUCAAGAUAGCAGACCCUAUCAUUGAGAAGAGGUGCACUGGCGAUGGCAGUGGUAACCACAGGAGAGUGAAGUCCUGCUUAGAGUUCAAUCAGAUUAACAGUAGUGGUUACGACUGUUUGGAUAGCUGGCCCUCAUGUCACUUGUAA